CAGCCUGGAUCGCUUCCACGCACUGCAGACGCCGGGCGAAUGAAUGAGUCCCAAGCAGCUUAGUACAAAUACGCGGAUCGCACUCGCCGAAACGACACGCGCAUCAACAACCGCGGGCCGGUUGCGGAUGAACGACGGCAGCACACCCAGCGCCGUGACCGCGAACUUGAGCCCUCCGAGCACACCCAUCUUCUGCCCGGCCUUCUCCGGGAACUGCUGCAGCGCCUCCGGCGUGAGGAACGGUUUGCCUUAGCGCACCUGCAAACAGAUCGGGCACCCACACAUCGCAGCCGAGGCGUCGAGCGAACUCGUCCGCAAUGACCUUGCAGUUCUUCAACGGGAGCCCGAAUAUGUCGGUCAACAGCACGAUGGCGCGUUUGCUGCCGGUGGUACUCGUGGUGGCCGCCGGAGCGAAGUACGCGCCGUGGAAGCGUUCUUCAAUGCUCCCUGCCGGCGUUCCCUCGAGAAUCGACCCUUUGAAGCAGUCUGGGCAGCUCAUGGGAUGUGGAUGCAGUUGGGACGGGUGGGAGGAGGCUUGAUGGUGUGUAAUCGGAGCCGGCGCUUGUAUUACUAAAGGGAGUUUCCCACCCCCUCAUUGUUCGCGACCUCGG